AAAAUCACAGACAUCAUGGCAGCCACAACAGCAACAACAAAAGCAUACAAAUCAACAAAGCAACAACAACAACAACGACGACAGCAGCAGCAUCUUCAUUUGGAAUCCAACAACAACAACAACAGCAACAGUCGCCUUUGCCUCAUCUACUGCAGCAACGUUUUGCUGAUCGUGUUCGCUGCGCUGCUGGCAGGAAACUGUGUCAAUGGGCAAAUUGAUGGCUACACCGCCGGUGAGGAUUACCCCGCCUACGAUGCAGUGCCCAAGGGCUUGGCCUUCAACUGCCAAGGACGUCAGCCAGGCUACUACGCGGACACUGAAACGAGAUGUCAGGUCUGGCACUGGUGCCUGCACUCAGGACAUCAGUACUCAUUCCUUUGUCCCAAUGGCACAGUCUUCAAUCAAGCAGUGCGCGUCUGCGAUUGGUGGUCGAACGUAAACUGCGCCAGCUCCGAGCAACUCUACCAGAACAACGAUGAGCUCUAUCGCAUACCAGAACGCAGCCAGCAGCAGCAGCAGCAACAGCAACAGCAGAAGGGGCAGACUGAGGUAUGAUAUAAGGCUGAUGAUGAGUAUAAAAUGGGCAAACAACAACAAGCGCAGCGUCAACGCGAUGGCAGACAGCGACAAUUUCUGGCGCACAACAAGAGCAGCAGCAGCAGCAGCAGCAACAAUAUGGACAGUAAACAGCAACAGCAACAGCACAGCAAUAAAAUCGUAGAUAGCACCGCAGCAACCAACUACAAUAAAAUGACCAAAAAUAGUUAUAGAGGCAGCAUGAGAUUUGAAACGAAUGCUCAAUCAACGUACUCAUCAUCACAGCAGCAGCAGCAGCAGCAACAUCAACAACAGCAACAGCAAUAUAAUUCUAGUAAAAAUAGCGAAUAUCAAAGUAGAAAAAAUAGCAGCAAUAGCCGUAAGCAAAGCAGUAGAAAUAAAACUAGUAGCUUAGGUAAUACACCAACUAGAAAUAGUUAUAGGCAUCGCACCUCAAGCAAUCAACAGCAGCAGCACAACAACAGCAGCAGCAGCAGCAACAGUAACAAGAGUAACAACAACAACAACAACAGUACUAACAACAAUUACAAAAGCCAACGAGGCGGACAACGCUAUAAUUUGAAUAGAUUUGAAAACGAUGACGAGCUCAAAGAUUAUAAAAGUAAAAUUAAAAAUAAAUACAAUAUCGAUUAUGAUCAUUCUUUGGACGAAGAAUAUGAAAUAAUUGAGGCCAUUGAGUGA